AUGGGCAUUCCUGCUGGUGCCAAUAUCUCUCAGCAAGUCACCAACAAAGGGGAUUACGACAUUGGCAAUGCUGUCAUGCAAUUGGAUGCUCCUGUAUUCGAUGCUGGGGGCAAGAAGUACUCUCAACGGCUUCAAGAAGUUCUGGGGGCUGUAAAACUCGGGCAGAAUCGGGAUCUGGGUGCCGAGAAACGAAUGAACGACAUCCACGCAAAAGUCACAAGAUUAAAUACGGAGUAUGCAGAGUUGAGCAAGAGAGCGAUGGAAAGUUACGCGGCCGACGAAGAUAAAGACAACAUACCUUUCGGAAAGUGGGUUCCAGUGAACUACCCGAGCUUUGUCGCUAUAUCUCAUGAGAAGUAA